ACGCAAAUAUUAAGCGACGCGUCCGGUAGCUUGUAGCGAUAGGAUGAAUCACAAAUCGGUCCCUUUAGGAUGUUUAAGGCACGGUAUAGGUUGUAAAAUCUGUUUCUGCUGUAUCCUAUUUAGUGUACUUAUACAGGGAUCAUUGAGGCGUUUGAGAUACAGCACAAAUUACUCAGCCAUUAUUUGUGAAAAGCACACUUCCUGAUGUUAAUCCGCACUAUCUUUUCUAGACCAUAUUUGCGUUAUGUUUUGUUGCAGAAGAGAAUAUUAGUAGAUGAUAAUAUUUUAAUCAGACAUUUUUGCAGCAGGAUGGAUCGCGCAGUUGUGCGCUGUGUGCCCUCGGAGCCCAAGCUGACCAUUUCAUUCAGUCUGGCCGGUAGCUCCAGACACAUGCUGAGGGAGCAAACAGAGGAGCUGGGUAAGGUGCUAGCCCGGAUAUCUAACAGCAUUAUCAAGGCGCAGAGCAAAGGGAAGAAGUCGAAGAAGAGUAAAAGCGCGAGCGAAAGCGCGAGCGCGAGCAGGGAUGCGGCGGACCCGGUGGUGCGGCUUUACUUUAACGGCGACGUGGUGGCUGAAGACGCGCUGAACCGCGACGCGUGGCAGGACGGCGCCGUGCUGCAGGUCGGAGACGCAAAAUACAAAGUUGAACGCAAUCCUCCGACUUUCACAACCGCACAGCUCCCCGCGUCAGUCCUCGCCGGAUUUCCUGUCUGCCCCAAACUGGAGAUGGAAUUCGGGGAUUUGAGAUUCUGUGUGUUCAAGUGGUACAAGGAAAGCUCUCCAAACGCGCGCACACGCGGAGAAGAGGACUCCUGGGUGGAAGCAGGAAGCGACCGAGUCUUUACACCAUCCAAUACAGAUGUGGGGUUGAGACUGAAGCUGAAAUGCAUGCCGGGAAGCGAGUCCAGGUUAGGCCUUCCGGUAGAGCUGGUAACCUCAAGCUCUGUGGAGGCUGGUCCAGGGGUUUGCACGUUUGACAACAGACACUUGUACACCCGCAAGGUCACGAAUGAGUCCACAACCAGGGUUGUGACCUACAACAUCUUAGCAGACAUCUACAGUCAAACUGAGCUCUCGAAAACAGUCCUGUACCCUUACUGUGCUCCUUAUGCACUUAAACUGGACUACAGGCAAAACCUCAUCAAGAAGGAGCUUUCAGGGUAUAAUGCUGACAUCGUCUGUCUCCAGGAGGUGGAUAAAGGAGUCUUCAGUGAUAGCCUGGCACCUGCACUUGACGCGUUCGGCAUGGAUGGGGUGUUCAAAGUGAAAGAGAAGCAGCACGAAGGACUGGCCACAUUUUACAGGAGAUCAAAAUUUAGGUUGCUCUCCAGACAUGACAUCAUGCUGAGCGAGGCUUUAGAAAUGGACGCGCUCCAUAGCGUGCUCCUGGAGAAACUGUCCACCAACCCAGUGUUGAAAGAGAAGGUGGUACAGAGAAGUACGACACUGCAGGUAACUGUUUUGCAGUCCAUAAGCGAUCCAUCAAAGAUAGUGUGCGUUGGAAACACACAUCUCUACUGGCACCCUAAAGGGGGAAACAUUCGAUUAAUACAGAUGGCUGUAGCCCUCAAGCACCUGAAGAAAGUCAUCGCAGAAGAACAUGGUGGUGCACUGAUAUUCUGCGGCGACUUCAACAGCACGCCAUCGUCAGGACUCUUCCAGCUGCUCAGUCAGGGUUCACUAGCAGAGCAGCACAGUGACUGGGCAUCUAAUGGGCCUGAGGAGCUUCUUCAAAUGGAGCUUCACAGCCCCUUUCAGCUGAUCAGUGCGUGUGGAGUACCAGACUACACCAACUAUGUAGGAGGCUUUAAUGGUUGUCUAGACUACAUUUUCAUGGAGCCGCAGGCUUUGCAGGUAGAGCAGGUCAUUCCUCUGCCCAGUCACCAGGAGCUCACCACGUACCAUGCCCUUCCCAGUGUCUCUCACCCAUCUGACCAUAUCGCUUUAGUCUGCGACCUCAAAUGGAAAUAAGGUUGAGACGCAGCCUCAGCUUUCCUCCUGCAAGUGAACGUCUAGAUCGGGUUUUAAAUCCACAGAAUCACAUUGCCUUCUCUAGUUGAGGGCAGAACACUUCAAUUUCUGAUUUACUGCGGCAACAAGAUGACUCGCUGUUUAUUUAUCAAUCUGUUUGACUCAUGGAUUGUGGUGGUGAUAUUUUACAUUUAUAAAAAGCAUAAACAGCUUGUUGGCUAUGAAAUCUUUUUUGAUCAGGAAAGCAGUCCAUAAGAUAAUCCCGAGUGCAAUAUGAAAACAAUGAAUGCCGGCUUGAUGUAAUUAAAUAAUAAUUAAAAGUAUUAUUCAACUGA